UUAGCGGCAGAAAAGAUGGUUUGGCAAGUGGAUCCAGAGCCUGUAAGGGCGGUGAGAGUAACUUCUUAUCUCCAGGACUCGAUAGGAUCUCCAGGGGCGCUUGUUUUCGACAUGAACGAUUUCGUGAAGCUGAACUAGCACGAUGGAUGAAGAGUUUGGUGAGGUCCCAGAAUUUGAAAAUGUGACCCGUGGAGGAGAGAAUACACCUUCAGCGCCGGCCGCUGGAAACCCGCCCUCACAACCACCCAAAGUCCAACAACCCAAACCACAAGCAUUAGCAGCAAAGACCGGUCCCUCAGCAAUUCUUGUGUCUCAUCGGCAGAAAGGCAACCCCAUCCUCAAUCAUGUUAAGCUUUUACCCUGGGAAUAUGAGGAUAUCCCGGCAGACUAUGUGAUCGGCCGCACUACCUGUGCCCUCUUCCUGUCUCUCAAGUACCACCGGCUGCAUCCCGAAUAUAUAUACUCUCGCAUUCGCUCUCUAGGAGGCAAGUACAAUCUUCGUAUUCUUCUGACAAUGGUCGAUAUCCCGAACCACGAGGAUAGCUUGAAAGAGCUUUCCAAGACCUCUAUCGUGAAUAACCUCACUCUCAUACUCUGCUGGUCGGCUCCCGAAGCCGCCCACUAUCUGGAGUUGUUUAAAUCUUCUGAAAACGCGCAACCGACUGCCAUCCGUUCGCAACAGGCCCAGUCUUAUAAAGAGAGCCUAGUCGAGUUUGUAACGACUCCUAGAAGCAUUAACAAAUCCGACGCAGCAAGCCUCAUAUCCACGUUCGGGAGCCUACAGAAUGCUAUCAACGCACAACCGGAACAGAUUAAUACUGUACCUGGCUGGGGAGAGAAGAAGGUCCGGGCAUGGACUCAUGCGGUUCGAGAGGAUUUUCGUAUCGAGACAGCGAAGAAGAGACGUGCCCCCAGUCUAGAACCGCGUGCCGCUCAUAGUUUGCCCGUAGAGGGCCACCUCCCUAGGUCACAGAACCCAGACGACCACGAGGACGAAGAAGCCGCGUUCUUAGCUGCUGCAGAAGGACCGAGAGGCACAGGAGUCCAGCCAGAGGAUAAUGCGAUGGGUGCAUCAAGUCAAACCCCAGCUCACUCAGGAGCGAUGAGCGAGGGCAUUAUGACAGCAUUAGCCAAGCUUAGGGAAGAAAAUAACUGAUAUACAGUAAUCAUCUUACUGGGCAUCUUGAUCCCAGUGCUUACUAUAAUCCUUUUCACUUAAUUACAGGAUGCAAUUUGUGUCUUGAGACUUAUACUCUCAC